AAACUAAGUACAUAUAAGUAAUGCCUCCCGUCGUGGCAGCCGAUGAUUGGCUUCUUUUACCUACACAGUUCAGCUCGCCGUCUACACUGGUGACCGGACCCACGGGAACAUACCAAACUUGGCAAUCUACGCAUGGGACUCAUCAAGGAACCAGUGCAAUUGGCAUUAGAGCACGAAGCCAUGCGAUUAAUCAUCUCCCUCCGGUUUCAUGACAAGUCGGUGUUAAAUCAGUGCCACAACUAGACAAUUAGGGUGUCAUCUCGGCAAGAUGCCUCACUUGUGCGAAUCAUCGGCUUCGCAGAAAUGAUAUUGAUGCUCGCAAUCUAUAUAGCGCCCAAUCCUCUUUGCUUCCCGCAUUCAUGACAUCUGCAAAGAUGCAGUCAUCCCAUGCAGACAAUAUCGCCCCUCUCCCCUUAUUCUCUCCGCGGAAGACCUCUAGGUUGCGGGGACCGCGCCCAUGUAGCUGGCUUCAAACGGCAACAUCGGUGAGAGAAGAAUCUGAAGAGAGCUGGUCAUGGACGUGUCGGCAGGUUGGCCUGUCCAGAGCGUCAACAAUAUGCUCCCGCACCUCUAGCGACUCUUCUCUAUCCAAUCAGUCCAGUAUCACUUCCGAAUCCUCGUCCCCUUCAGCGUCGUGUAUUGACGACACAGAGAGUUUGCCAUUUGAUCACAAGUCGUCACGCAUACAUAAACGUCGCUCUCAGCGGCUAAGACCAUCGGGUCCUCGACCUCCAUCCACUCCACAUUCUCCCAGUUCUCCCGUGCGACCGACUCUUUCUGUCAAUACAUCACUAGUACAAUUACCUCCCGUUCCCCUUGAGCAACCCGUCCUUCCGCUGGACCUGGCGGGGUUCCCACACAUUGCCCCAACUGAACCUACGACACCCGCCCCUCAGUUACCUCCAGCGAUUGCGUUUUCACCCUCAGAUAUACUUGAUUGGGACACAAUAUUUGAGGUUUUAGCUUUGGAAAGUAACGCCAUAGUUUGAGCUUGGAGCAGUUAUUAGACUACGAAUAUCUCGCACCCGGUCAUAUAGCAUACUCACGCUUUUCGUGGAUACGCUCGCGGUCACGAAUACUCACUCCAUUUUACGAACUCAUGAUUUGGUGCCUAAUUUCUCGCA